AUGUCAUCUUCAAAUUCCUUCCAAUGGCCACAACUAUCCCAAGACUUCAAAGAGUUCCUCUCCACUCUACCUAGAGAAAAAGGAUUCGCAAAAGAACCUCUCUACCUCUAUCAAGGUUUCUGGUACGAGGACGUCUUUCUCGAAGGUGCAAUUUCAAGCCAAGAACAUUUCCAAGCGGAGGAUUCUGACGUCUUCGUCGCCUCCACCCCGAAAUGCGGCACCACGUGGCUGAAGGCGAUCGCGUUCGCUCUACUGAACCGGAGGCGGAACCAAGCCCCGGACCACCCCCUCCUCUCCAACAACCCUCACGACCUGGUGCCCUACCUCGAGAUGGACCUCUACGGCGAAAACAAAGCCCUCGACAUCGCCUUGUUCCCCUCCCCACGCCUCCUCGCCACGCACAUGCCGUAUUCCUCCUUGCCGAAGUUGAUCAGGAGCAGCGGCACCAAGUGCAAGAUCCUGUACGUGGCGAGGAACCCGAAGGACACCUUGGUGUCGAUGCGGCACUUCUAUACCAGGGUGAGGAUGCUGGACUUGAUGUGGGCGGAGUCGUUCAAGCUACUCUGUGAGGGACUGAGCGGCUAUGGGCCAUUUUGGGAUCAUAUUCUUGGAUAUUGGAAGCAGAGCUUGGAAAACCCUGAUAGGGUUUUGUUCCUCAAGUACGAGGAUAUGAAGGCGAGGCCGGCCGCGGAGGUGCGCCGUGUGGCGGAGUUCCUCGGCUGCCCUUUCUCAGCGGAGGAGGUGGAAGCUGGGGAGGUUGAUCGGAUCUUGGAACUGUGUAGCUUUGAAGUUCUCAGCGGUUUGGAAGUGAACAAGAAGGGGAAGCUAAUGGUGACUGGUGUGGAUAAGAGUGCUUUCUUUCGUCGAGGAGAGGUCGGGGAUUGGAAGAAUCAUUUAUCGCCGGAGAUGGCGGAGAGGAUAGAUCGGAUUGUUGCUGAGAAGCUUUCUGGGUCAGGAUUAUUCCUAUAA